CUUCGCUCCAGUCAGACAGACCUACUUCCAACCUGCUUGUUUACCAUUUACGGCGAUCGCUACGGGUACAACUUGACUGGAAAAUGUCUCGCGCUGCGGAGAGACUCAAACUGCUGAUCAAUCAUCUUGAUCGAUCACCGGCGGUUAUCGGAUCUUCACCAACUUAUGCCCAAACCUUCGCCAACAGUCCCCCAUGGAGAUUCAGAUACACUUGUGAUACUGACUUGCUGACCCCAGAUCAGCGGCUCUUCUACGAGGAAAAUGGCUUCAUCCUCAUCAAGAAUUUGGUGUCUGACGAGGACAUCGACCGGUUCGGGAAGGCAUUUGAGCGGAUCUGUCGGCAGGAAGUAAAGAUUCCCGGUCUGAUUGUGAUGAGGGACGUGGCCAUUGCUAAGUCAGAGUUCGUUGCGGAUCAGAAAGCAGUUUCCAAACUCCAGGAUUUCCAGGAAGAUCCUGAACUGUUCCGGUACUGCACCUUACCCCAGAUUCUGAAGUAUGUGGAGUGUUUCAUUGGACCCAACGUCAUGGCCAUGCACACAAUGCUGAUCAACAAACCUCCUGAUGCAGGUAAGAAGACGUCUCGUCACCCAAUGCAUCAGGAUCUGCAUUACUUCCCGUUCCGCCCAGCAGACAAGAUCGUCUGCUCCUGGACAGCGAUGGAGAAAGUGAACCGGCAGAAUGGCUGCCUGGUUGUCCUGCCGGGAACACACACCGGAACACUGCAGGAGCAUGACUACCCUGAGUGGGAGGGUGGCGUCAACAAGAUGUACCAUGGAGUGCGUGGCUACGAUCCGAAGCACCCCAGGGUGCACCUGGAGAUGGAGAAAGGCGACACUGUUUUCUUUCAUCCGCUGCUGAUCCAUGGCUCUGGCAUGAAUCAGACACAGGGCUUCCGCAAGGCCAUCUCCUGCCACUAUGCCAGCUCUGACUGUUAUUACAUCGACGUGAAGGGAACUACACAGGAGAACAUAGAGAAUGAGGUGAAGGACAUCACAAGUAGAAAGUACAAUAUCGACGACAUUUCCUUUAAGGACACCUGGGCUUUCCGAGGCCGCCUGGUGCAAGGAGAGAGGAUCUCACUGUGAAGGUGCCAAAAGUGUGCAAUGAAACAGUCGCCACGUCGCUGCAGGGUGACCAACCACUGAGCUGAAAUGACAACAGAUUUACAUAUAUGUUGAUUAGAUGAGAAGCAAAAUGGUUGAUUAUUAAUUUCAUAUAGUCACUAAUUCCCAUUAACAAUGAAGGAGUGUAAUUUUUUAGAUGAAUUAUUGCCUGUUUAAUUAAGGCUUCAGAGUUUGUGAUCACUAACAUUUGGGAAAUGUAAACUAGGGCAUGUUGUUCUAACGGAGAAUAUAAAGACAGGAAAUUUAAAUAGACAAUGUCUACCUCAUAAGUACACCGGUACAUACAAGUUAAAGCAUUUGACAUUCAGUACACCUCUUGCUACUUCACGUCUGCACAAAAUGUAGUUAAACUGCAUUUAAUAUGAGUGUUAACAGGGUGUGAACGCAUCAAUAACUGUUUAUUGAAUUGUUUAAUUUACUGAAACCUUAAUAUAAAGGGAUGUUAAUGAUUUAUGUCAUGUUUAUUAAGAAAAGUAAGUGUUGAGACUGAUCGAGAGGUAGAGAGAGGUGGAGAAAGAGACAAAGUAGAGUGAAAGAAAAAAAAAGAAUCAGUGUUGAUUGUAGCUCUUGUGAACUAACACUACCAGAGGCCUUGAUCUUAUACUGCCAUAUAAAUAUAUCAACAUGUUUAUGAUCUUGUGACGGUUUGAUGAUGAGUGAAUGGAUGUUCGUUUUCUAGAAUCUUGCUGUGAUGGAUAUGUUUUAAUAUCAGUAAUAAAA